AUGCACAAAAACUGGUGACGUCGUCUCCAUGUUUUCACGUCUACAGAUCUGCAAUGGCCGCUUUAAUUAUCUUUUAAAAACAAUACUAGACAGAAUGAAUAACAAAACUUAAGAAUAAACAAACAGUCAAAUGCUUACCAGUAGCAUUUUUUAUUUACAGUCAGUAUAUAUACAUCUCAUUACCAUGUAAGUCAGGUUUGUACUAGUCUAGUACCUAGUUCUAGAUCUAGUUGCCGUAAUGUCGGAAGACAAGGGUGAAAAGCCACGUAGACAGCACAGGUUUAAAAUCACCUCUAAAAAGGCUUCUUUGCAAUCGAAUCCAGACGAUGCAAGAGCCAGGGACAAUGAUUCUCAAAUGACGCAAUCAUCGCACCUUCUAGAAGAAGGUAUUGUACAACAUAAGCGUAUCCGAUCUGAGUCGCGGCCUAAAUUGCACGACUAUCAGGACGACCCCAAUCGAGGGCGGUCCCAGAAUGAUGGUAAUGCUUCCGGAGAAACCCGGGCAGAAAGGUUUAUUCACAGGCGAUCAAAGUCUAGCCUGGAUGGCUUUUACUCACACGAUUAUCCUAGCCGAGCGUUACAGCGAAGCUUAAGUUUUAACAAGGGCUCAAUACUGGAUGCCGUUCUACAACACGGCUUUGAAAAGACCAUUAAUUUUAGUAGUUCUCGGAAAAAAUUGGAAGAAUCUAUUUUAAAUGCCGUUAGCGGAGGAGAAACAUUUGCUGGCAAGCCCUUCUUUGCUAUCGACGACGCUGAAGAAUUUGCCGUAACUGACGUGAAAAAUAUCCGGAGCUUGAAAAAACAAGAAGGAAAAGAAAAAAAGCCCAUCCCACUGAACAGACCUAGACGAUCACCUCAGGCGCUACCACAUGUCACUAAUGAUGCGGUGGUGUCGAAGAGUCGCACGAUGUCCGAGCCGCCCAACACCCGCACGCUAGAAAUUGAGCGAUACAGCGGGGAACGUCUGCGCACAGACGAGGGGAGCAGAUGUAACUAUAGCGAGGUUCAGGAAAAGAGCCCUAGGGAUGUGAAGCCUCGUAAGAAAGCAAGAGGAAAGCAUAGAAAGAAAGGCGGCUCAACUCACAGCUUUCUGGCAUCUCCUAAAACGAGUAGGAGUAGGUCCAGGCAUUCAAUCUCCAAAGACACAUCUUCUACAAAAUUGCAAGAAAAACUAAGCCCUCUUCUCUCCGAGGCACAAAGUCCACCACAAAGUUAUAGAAUUCACGCCAAGAAUGCCUCAAUGCCCAAAGAGGACACGAAAGAUCAACAUGACCCCACGGGAAGCACUUCCAACAUUUCCUCCAAAAGCCGAAUGAGUGGAAAAUCUUUUCGCCAAUGGCAACCGAGCGAUUUUACCCUGGAAGAGAUUCAUGAAUUAGAAACUCUCUCAGACAUUAGGAAGAAAGUGAACGUAUCGCCCAAGGAAACGUCCAGAGAAAAGUCCCCUCCUAAAGCGGCCCCUUGUCCUUCCAAGGAGAAAGUCUGCUUGCCCUGCCCGCCAGUAGAGAAGACAGUAGAGGAAGUCGUGAAAGCGAAGACACCUACCUCGCCUCCUCGUGAAGGUAGAAAGUCGCCUCGUCAAUCCAGUGGUGAGCGUCGGAGCGCGGAGAAGAAAGAGACUAGCCCGAAGUGCAACAUCCUGUGUGACACGGCCACGAAAAAGGAUCUCAGCUGCAGGUCUGUGGAGCAGAGAAGUGACUUGUCCAUGAGCACGGCCAAAGGAAAGAAGAGUCCAGUAUCACGGGGGAAAGAAAAGAACAAAGGGAAGAAGAAAGAAACCUCACCCAAAGCUCCAGGGGCGUGUAUACCAGGCUACAGAUUUAGAAAGAGAUGUGCUAGGCGCCCUAGUCUAAACAGGCAAAACUUCUUUGGCAAUCUAGCUCAAGCUGUUGGCAAGGAGCUUAAUUCGUUGGCCUACAGAAACAGCCUGUUUCACUCUUUCCCUGGUAUGGUGGGACUCUACAGGCCGGACAUUGGCAUGGACAGUUUAUUUGUGAACCCGUCUUCAGUGGAACCUUCAGAAACAGAAGAAGAACUUGACGGCGUGGAACGAGAAUCGAAAUGGUCUUCCAAUAAAAAGAGAAAAGACGAUGAUGACACAUCUCGACAAGUGUCGUCAGAGGAAAAACUCCUAAGUGAAAAGGAGCCGAAAAUGAGAAGUAUCAGUGUACAGGCCACACCAUCCUCUAAGAAAGAUUCCGGCAUCUCAAAGAAAUCUGGUAAGCAGGCGAAAGCUCAAGUCGCAGAGGCGGCAACGGAGACGACUCCAUAUAUGUCGUCUAUCAAUUCGCCACCGAGUAGUGAUGAGUCCGUCACCGUUAAAGACGAAAUGACGGAAACGACCCGCCGCCAGAGGUCAUCAGUGCAACCUCGACUUUCCAGGAGACAGACUGGGGAAAGUUACGAAGCUCAAGGCUACUUCGUGCGAGACCAGACCUCGGACACGAAAGAAAAUAGAUCUGAGGGAACCAUUUAUAAAUCUCGCACGGCAGUCCUCAAACCAUCUCAAUCAGACUCAAGACCAUUGAACAGCUCGUUCGAUACGUCCUAUCCAAUACCAGAAGCUCGGAGAACUACAAUGAAAUCAAUGUAUGAUGAUUCUCGGAUGUCGGCCCAACAAGAUGAAUUGAUCUUCACAACACCAAAGAUGGAGAAGUAUCGCGUGUAUGAAGACACCUUGCCCCGAUUUGGUCAGAGACACCUAGACGUGAGUAAGGAUGAUGUUGCAGCGCCAAUCAGCAGGGUGGACAAACGUGUCUACGGCUCAGUCAAUUAUCAAGAAGAACCUGUCAAGAUGGAAGAUAUCCAAACCUUGGGUAAGGACGAAGCUGCAGCGCCAAUCAGCAGGGUGGACAAACGUGUCUACGGCUCAGUCAAUUAUCAAGAAGAACCUGUCAAGAAGGAAGAUAUCCCAAUCCCAACCAUGGUACAAAAUGAAGUUCCCAGCCUAAAAGAGGAUAACAAAGGUUUAACAGCAGCAUUGGGCUCCCUUAAUCCUGACGAUGAUGCAUGUUUAAAAGUAGCUCCAGAAUCAUUGCCUGACUGUCAGCGUGAGUCUGUCGUCCCAGAAUGUGCUUAUCCUUUCCAAGAAAAAGAACUAUCUAUAUCUAUCUGCUUGGAACCCGACCUCGAAUUGAAACUCAAGCAAAAAGAUGAAAGGUUCUGCAGAAAAUCCAUCAGUACUAAACAGUCUCCCAUCAGAUGUGAAGAAACAAUGCGCCCCUCUCGAGACAAAGACGCCACUAAAGAGUGCGAAGAUAAGCAGCACGACAGGCGUUCAAGCUGUAUGGAUUCUUACAGGUCGCAAAGGUCUAAUGAUAGUCACAGACCAGCCUCACGACUAGAGCCGUUCACAAAAGAUGCAAGUAGUAGACUUAGAAUCGAUAUUAAAUCUUGUCAAAGAGACCCAGUCGCAUGUCAAGAAGACGAAGUGUCUACCUGUUCAUCUCGGGAAACGUCCACUUGGAAGCAGUCAUUGUCCGAUGCACUAAAGCAUACAAAACCGAUACCAUGCAGUGACCGAAGGUCUGCUAAGGAGGAUUCCUGCAGCGAGAAAACACCUACUAUUGACGACCAGCCAUCACUGGUUUCAUGUGAUAGUGAGAAGCAGACAGAUAUAUCCAUCGUAGAGAACGAGUGUGCCUUUGCUUCUGACCUAGAUGCUACUGAAGACGAUAUAUCAGUAUCCAUCCGAUCGCGAGGCUCUAAGCGAUAUUCCAAAGUCUCGUCCAAGAAAAUCUCUGGCGACGAACAUGAUAACAAGAGACACUCGGGCAAGAGAAACUAUACAAGCGAUGACGAUAGAUAUAUUCCAAUACAUAUCAAAGAGAGAGGCGACAAUGACACUUGCGAGGAAAGUGACCAUUAUUCAUCGUCGUCAGAUGAUGGUACUUACCAGAGUGCCUCCAGGAUAGAAUAUGAUAGUGGUGCUAAUGUUGCGGCAGGAGACACCUACCCCCAGGCUCAGCUACGGAAAAUCAGAGGUCGUAUCACUAUUCGAGGCUCUGAAAAAACUGCAACAAGUCUACGAAACGCCGCAAUGGUUGCUCAAAAAAGGGCUAGUUCCCCAAAAGUUUCAAAAAAUUACGACACCGGAGAUUCAUGCUCAACAGACAACUCUGAUUACCUCGAGAAAGCCAGAGAGUUCACCUUAUCAAAUACCAAACAUCGAAGGUCCAACAGUAUUUCAUCAACAAACGACAAAAUAGCGAGAUAUGUACGUGAGAAGGAACAUAUUCGAGAGAGACAAUUGAGGGCCCUAGAGUACGAACAAAACCUCACUCAAAGCUGUGAUCCUGGCUCCUAUAUGUCUUUGAUCGGUGGACAUUGGAGUCCUGUUCCCGCUCCUAGAGGCAGUCGAAAAGAUCAUAGUUCUAUUGGCAAGGCGUCAGACACAUCGGAAAGUGUGUCAUAUGAAUAUCGAGGCUAUAGUACGCAUAAAGCAUCUGUAAGGUCAAGGUCUAAUUUGGCGAGAUACGAAGCGAAAAGUGACCAAUAUCGAGCGAAAAUAAUCGAUUCUUUUAAGCAAGUUAUCACCCCUGAACAGCCUACUGCUAUGAACGAUCAGCGAGCUUCAAGAAGUAAAUGUGACUAUAUAACUCAAAAUUUACGAUCCCCUGACUCUCCAUAUCAGAAACCACGAGACAGGCUUGUUUUUAAGACCACCAAAGAAAUCGAAAGUCAAGAUUACACACACUCCUGUUCCUCGAAGAAUGGUGCGCAACGCGUUCCUGUGGCAACGGAUUACAACAGAAAUAAAAACUUUCCCCAUUCGAAACCCAAUGAUUCAGCGCAGCGAAGAAGGAACCCGUAUCUACUAGUCAAAAAUGAAUUUAUACCGUGCGAGGAGGAAGACGAGAGAGAAGCUGAUGCAUUGGAGAGAACUAGAAAGUGCCAUAGAAAGUCAGUCGAUACAAGGCGCUAUAAUGAAGAGUUCGAUGCGGAUAAUGAAAAAAGUGUACAAUCGUCCUCAAGUGCAAGCAGCAUAGUUUAUCGACAUGAUACAACUCUAUCUCAGGGCUGUUUUAUUCCCGAAACUGAUGCCACAGAGUAUCUCUUUAGUUCCCCCGAUACUACAACUUUACUUACCAUCGCUAAGAACAAAAACUGUUCAUCCAAUACUGAAAGAGAUAGAAACUCCUCUUCUGGAGGAGGAGAUUUCCUCUACUCUGACUUUGCCUAUCACUGUGGAGUAAUAGAUACGCUCAGAUUGUUAGACUUUGACAAUGUUUCGUCUACACCCAGCGCUAAAGUAUCUAUGGUGGAUGUGGUCGAUGAUGUUUCAGAUGUCCCUCGCAAAGUCAGCUUGUGUGACUUGUUCAAAGAGGAGAACCUGGCCGAGUUAGCUCGAUCUAUACAGUCCCUUGGGGCCGAUAGCCAAGAGGAUGAAGCAAUUGAACUUGUCCGCCAAAACAGCAUCAGGGCGCUCCUGUUUGCUGCAAGCAUGUCUAACAGUUGGACGCCUUUUUGCAUUUUCCCAAGCACAUGUUCAAAGGACACGGCCAAAUGGGUGCAACAGCAGAAAGACCAUGUCACGCAAGAAGUGAAAUCUCCAAUUGAAUGUGAAUAUUGUAUAUCCAGUUCUAGUCAAAUUUGCAUCAGAGAUGACUAUUCCAAAGAUGGAGAUGCAAAAAGCGAUGAAACUUGUAAUAGUUCCAUUAUUAAUGACACAGAUACCAAGAACCUGGGGGAACAAAACGAAGCUGUACCAAAAGCCAAUAAACAAUCUGUUGAAAAAUGGGCGGCGCAUAAAAUAACGGUUAGCGCCAAAGAGAAUGGCGUGAAGAACUCAGUAGUGGCUCAAAAUGUUAAUGCUCACGUUUUGAAAGAGGACAGUGCUGUGGAAUGCAGAAAACAAACUACAAGCACUAUAGUGGAAUGUGGAUCAAACACUGAAUUUCAACAAGCAUCAAGAAAAUCCGUAACAAGAGGAGUACAAAUUCAAGUAGAAUGUACUAGAAAUGCCGCGAUACAGACGGUAAAUAACAAGGAAAAGGUUAAAAAAUGUGACAAAUCAGAGAACACCGAGGUACAAUACUUCGUCCGUGACGUUCAGUUAAACACCAGGGCCUCGAGGCAAAGCCACAAGUCAAGACGCAAAAAUUCGGACACAAGAACGAACCAAAGUGCACCUAGUGCAAAAAAAGUCAACUCUUCAAAACUUUGUAAACCAUCUACUAGGGACCACCGGUCUUAUCAAGCGAUCAAAUCCGAUACCGGGAUUGACGAUGUUUACAAAUUAAUAUCUGACAUGCCGAAAUCAAAGCAGAUAUGUCUGGAUCAGAAGAAAGAAUUUCAGCGCGUAGACAGCUCUCCCCGAAAGAUUGUAAAGUUAAAUAGAGAUCGUUCCCUAAGUCUUGAAAGCUUACAGAAAGAUCCAUCAGCGUCCGCUUUGAGGCGUAGAAAAAGAUUCAACUCGCAUUCUAUUGAAAGAGAAAUGCGAUCUCAAAGUCAUCCCAUUGAAGACCCAGACAGCCGCCUGAUCAAAUCCAAUCACUCCAACAGAAGCAACAAAUACGUGAUAGCACACCAUAGUAUGUCAUCUUGUUUAGUUUGCAGCGAAGAGUGCUCCCCAGCUGUUGAAAUCAGGUCUUGCUCGAAGCAUCACAAAAAUAAAUUUAAUAAGAGUUGGUAUGAAGAUUACAAACCGCCCUGUUCAACGCGAGUGAGUAGUGGUGUAAGUUCAGGCAAGUGUAAUGAAAUGAAACAGGUAUACUAUUUGGAAAGGCCAAAGAGCGUUUGUUCCUGCCAGCGUUGUAAGAAAAGACGCAGCGCUUUCAAGAAUUAUAUUCGCCAGCGAAGGAAAUGUGACGAAGGCAAAAAGGAAAUCAUCGUGUGCAAGUCGAAGCGCAGUGCUGGGGCAUGUGGCGAUAUCUCUACGAACAACAAAACAGAAAACAAUUGUAAGCGUUGCCUAAGUGAAGACAGUACCUUGUUGGACAGUGUUACUGUUUUCCUGGUAGCUUCUCACAGUUCGCUGUCAGGGGAGGAGGACGAAUUCUUAUACGCCACUAACGAAAACUAUUCCCUUCAGAAAAAGGUGAUUAAGAAAGCCCUUGAAAAAGCUCGCUGUGUCAGCUCUAACAGUCUUGAGAACGUACACGUAUUUACCAUCACUGAUUCAGACGAACUUGUCUCAGCAAGUCCAACAAUAGAGGAUCUUGGACAAUUUACUUCGUGGACAUGCGAGAACAAAACAUUGGAGGAUCGAAGUCAAUUAGGCAGACAGAAAAAGGCCAAUGAAAGCUCUCCGAGGGAUGGCGACAUUGCUAAGUUCUCUUCCUCUUCUUCAAUAUUGCCUUCCAAAACCAAAACCGACACAAGUCAUCAGAAAGUAAAAGUUGUCAAUCGGCAAAACAAAACUAGAGAUGAAAAGAAAUCUCAGAAAAUAAGUAAACAAAAGUUUCUCAGUCCAAAGCGAUUAAGAGAUAAAAACGAAUCUGUCGUUAGGGACAAUAAAAGUAAUAGCUCAAAGAUGGACUCAAAAUGUGACAACAUUGAUUCAGGCGAUAGCUCUAGCAACUCGGAGGACUUUGGCACUGAAACACUAGAGAAAACCAGUAGGGAACCACAAGUGCCAGAUCACAGUUCCAAACAACGCUUAAACCGAUGUCGAGACAUUUUGAGAAAUGAAUUACUGGAUGGCGAUUCUCACAAAACUGAGAAGCCUCUGAGCCAUGGUGCUGGCAGCUCUAUAUCCUCCAGGUCGACAUCCAAGUGGACGGAUACUUGUAUGGAUUUCACUGAGCUUCAAGCUUCAACAGGUGUUUUCAACAGCAGCAGGGCUUCUCUGACCAAAGUUGAUUCAUUCUUAUGCAGACCGAACACUGAAACUGACAAGGCUCAUGGCCCUAGCAGCUAUAAGUGUGACAAGAACACCCAGGGUAAUGUUCAAGAAGGCAUAAAUUCUUCAGUCGAUCCUCCUGAAGCAAAGAAAUCGGCUUUACGAUUCAUACAAUCUAUUAUUGAUGGACAAGUAAAGGUGCUACUUGAUAAAGCUAUUCAAAGCUGGACGUCACCUGUGAUCAAGAAAACUCCAAUGUUUAACGUUCAAUCCAGCAGUGUAGACUUACCCGAGAUAUGCAAACCAUUAAGUAGUCAUUUCUCUCAGAGCGAAGUCACUUCUCCCAGCCUUUCCCUUUCCCCACUGAAACGGUCAGCUCAAUGCAUCCCCAAGGCUGAGGAAGAGGCUUCACGCUUUUGUGAUAGAGAAAGUUUAAACGUCUUUAAUGCCGGUCUCCAGAAAUGUGACGAUUCUAUGAAAUGUAGCCAACGUAAAAGUGUAGCCGACGAUGUAGCCACACAGUCACUACAACAACGUAAGAGUGUAGCCGACGAUGUAGCCACACAGUCACUACAUCAACGUAAAAGUCUAGCCGACGAUGUAGCCACACAGUCACUACAACAACGUAAAAGUCUAGCCGACGAUGUAGCCACACUGUCACUACAACAACGUAAAAGUCUAGCCGACGAUGUAGCCACACAGUCACUACAUCAACGUAAAAGUCUAGCCGACGAUGUAGCCACACUGUCACUACAACAACGUAAAAGUCUAGCCGACGAUGUAGCCACACAGUCACUACAACAACGUAAAAGUCUAGCCGACGAUGUAGCCACGCUGUCACUACAACAACGUAAAAGUCUAACAGGCGAUGUAGCCACACUGCCACUGCAAUGGGAAAAGAAAAAGAAUUGUGCCACAAUUGGAGAUUUUGACACUAUAUUGAACAAAGAAUCGUUCGUUGCAGAGAACAUAAUGCCGAAAAGCAAAUCCGCAUGCUCGUCUCAAACUGUAUCGAAGAGUGAUUUCUCAAAUUAUACUUAUAUGAGUAUCAGCGAUAUGGAUGUAGCUCCGCCCACAAAGGACCAUAACUCGUCAAAAACAAACACGUCUAGUAUAGAUACACGAAGCAAACAUCUGUCCAGGUCAACGAAAAAGUCUAAGAGAGCUUCUUCUCACAAAUCUAAAAGGCGCAGAAAGUCUGAAAGUCAUCAGGAGCAGAGGACACUCAGCCGUUGUCCUUCCAAGAGUCCAUCAAGAAGUAGUGAACGAAAACAUUUCAAGGUGAAGUCGCCCACGCCAGAUUCAAAUCCUAGGCGUUCAAAGUCGGCUCCUAAAUCAAACUUACCAAAACGAAAAGAAGGGAAGCAAAAAAUAACUGAAAGCAAAAAUGAGAUGGCCGAAAACAGCUUUCCCACUGAAGCACCAAAUGAAGACCGGAAAACGCCUAAAGGGAAAUCGUUCAGUGAAUGUGGUGUGUCGCGGAUCGCCAACAAAUUGAUCACAGAUUCACGAAACGAAAUUUUUAGCUAUGGGGUGACAUCAUCAAGUUCCGAGGAUAUUAAGCAGAAGAUUCUUAUGGGAUGUAGACAUUUUGGUAACGAGGUCAAGGACCGGACAGUUAUGGAGGAAUUCAUAGAACGGAAACUGUGCGACCAGCAGUUGAACGAGGACGCCAGUAUAAGCAUGGACGCAGACAGCCUGGCUGGAUGCGACGCGAUAGAGUCCUGCAUGCUGACACCUAUUAUGGAAGAGUCCCAGACUGCAAAUGACAAGUCAUCCAAUGACUUUAACUCAUUUGUCAGUGAAUGUAAAGAAAAAAUGAAAGAUAUAAUGAGUAAAUCUAAAAGCUCUGCAAAUGAUACACUUUCCAGUUCAACUAGCAGGUUCGUAUCUUCCGGGGCACCAAAAAUCCAGGAAAAUGCUUCCCACCCGAAAGAAAACAUCGAUAUGGAAAUUUGUUAUGAAGUAAAACCUUCAAGCAAGGAGAAUGGCACAUGUUGUUCCCAGAGCAAUCACGACAACACCUGCCAUGCUCUUAUUGAGGGUUACAAAACACUACAGAAAAAAGACACUCCUAUACAAUUAAAGGGACCGUUUAAGUCUGCUUUCCUAAGAAACGAAAUGAGCUAUGUCAGUGCAGGGUUGGACAGUUUCGACCCAUUCCUGAAAGAAAAUCAAUUGAUAAAUCAAUACAGUGUAAAAAAAUUUUACUCGAGGCAACAUACACCGCGUGACUGGUUAGGAGAAAGGAUUCAUGGGGAUUUGAAUUUCUCCAAAUCUAAGUACGCCGACCAUCCAGAUAGCUGUCGAAACUUUACUUGCAAUGUUUCUGCUACGUAUCCUUCAGCGAUAAACUACCGCUUCAGCCUGACGGAGUCCCACUACAAGUCAUAUCUGAGGAGCUCACCAAGAAACUACAACGAUAUGCCAGUCUCUAGCCAUUUACGUGGCUGUCAUCAUAGCGUUUUUAGCUCGGCGACCGCGGACUAUAGUAUGGACAGGACGCAGUGGCCGUUGAACGACACACCUAGAGGCAACUGGAACUACACUGAUAUCGCCAAGAGGAACAGAAAUGAAAGCGCUAACAACGGCAGCGACUCGUCCUCAUCGGAAAGCUCCGGCGUCGAUGAAGUUCUUAACGCUGAUGAAGGCGACAAAUACUCCAGUGUCGCCAACAGAGCAGGUAUGUACUACAGCGACAAAUCAUUGUCCGAGAAGCACCCCAAGGAAGCGAGGACUAGCAAAGACACGAAACAAGUAGCUCGGAAAGUUUGUUAUGACAGCACUUGCUGUCAAUGUCACGAUCCAAACUCAAACACGUAUGACAUUUUCAAAGCUAAUGUUCCGAAUAAUUUGGUGUCCACUCUGGCAUGUCGAAAUAUUAAUGGAAGCGGGAACAUGUUUGGGAGAGCCACUGAAGAGAACAGAGCAAGUCAUCAUGUUGGCCUGGGCGAACAGCAUGGAGACAGUGAUGAAGAUUAUACUUCUGCUUCAGAAGAUAUGCUGAAUUACAACAGCAUCAAUGUGCGAAAUAAAUUCAUCCGAAACGAUGGCCAAGAAAUUGAUGACACUUGCAAUCACCCUGAUACUAUUGGCUACUACGCAAACAACGGACAGUCCAGUCAAUUGGACGUAUUCAACGGAGCACCAAAAGAAGAUCUUUUGGUCAACAUGUUUUCAGCAGAUGAAUCCCAUCCAGCCGUCAUAUCUUCCUACCGACAGAAAGCGGACCUGUCGGAGAGAAACGGGGCAGAUAAGAAACAAGGUUGCAGUGACAUUCAGGGCGGCAACGGACACGGACAACAGUUAUACAAGGAUACUUACGGUGCCGGCUCUCGCUCUUGCUUUGGCCAGGGAGACACCUCCAAUAAGAAAGCCUUCACUCAAUGGUACGUGGACGAUGUUGAGAAGAACAUCGCGGGUCAACGGAGGAUGCCAGCAAGCACGGAGAGCGGCAAGUAUCCCAACCGUGACAACUGGUGCGAGGAGACAAAGAAAGACGAGUGUCACGACGUUGGGGGAGAUAACGACGAUAUUGACGAUGAUGAAGGGGAUGAGUACGACGAAGAGGAGGAGGUGUGCGCUGAUGAAGAGGAUGAAGAUGAGGCUGGCGAGGAUGAUGAAGAUGACGUAGAAGACGACGAUGACGUCGCUAGUGAUGACAGCAAUCUCGAACUGACUCACGUGAUUGGAGACGCGCCAAACAUUGAUUGUCGUAAAAAGGAAGACAAUCACGACUUGGGAGACUCCCGCCAUUACAAAGGUGAGUCAAAGAACAUAACGGACACUCUGGAACAAAGAGCGGCGCAGAACAAAUCUUACAAUCAAAGCAAAUACAAAUGUUUCGACUCCAAAACUGGCAGGAUUAACGCCAAGAACCACAGACAUGGGCACAGAUACUCUUCCAGCAGCCGUGGCAAGCACAGUUCGGGCUAUCCCAAGUUCUCGUUGGAUCAGAUCAAAGUCCCAACUAUUGAGAAAGAAAGAGUCCGAUUCGCGUGCGACGAAAAUGGGGAUUGGGCUGAAAUCGGACGUGGCAGCUACGGGUGCGUUUAUCUCGGGCUCCUGGACGGCAUUAUCGAAGUAGCCAUUAAGGAUUUCUACGAGUCCAGCUCUUGGGACCUGGUCAUUCACGAGGCCAGGAUGUUGAUGUUCCUCCAGGACACUGGCAUCACGCCCAAGUUCUACGGGCUGAGGCGGCGCUUCGACGUGAGCAAACAGCCGAGCGAGUACUGCAUCAUCAUGGAGUACUUCGGAGACGGGCGUACCUUGUUUAAUGUUAUGUCUGAUAAGAUUGCCCUGACCAGAGACUCGUGGCUGGAUAUUGUGGGUCAGCUCGUGGCUGGACUGCGAUUGAUCCACAGGAAGAAUAUCUUGAUAAACGAUCUUAAAGCGGAUAACAUCUUAAUUGAUUUAACAGGAGGUCGUAAAAUUAUACGUUACAUAGAUGUUGGCAUGGCAACGUAUAAACAAGGACUGACUUUUCAACUCCCUCAGGACCAGAUGAGCAGGUACAACUUCCUAGCGCCGGAAGUCAGAGAAGGCGCGCGCACUACCACACGGUCUGACGUGUAUAGCCUUGGCUACAUGCUGGAACAGAUGUGUCGUCUGGCGGAGACGGCCCUGGGCGGGCUGAAGAAACUGGUGGCUAAAUGCACGGACAAGAACCCGUCCCGCAGACCGGAUAUUGAUGACAUCGUCUCGCAGGUACAUCGGUUUAUUGCCUCGAAGGCGUGUGCACCGUCCGUACCUUCGAAUCCUCAAGAGCAGUUCUUAUUGACCAAUAGCGUCUGAUUUCAUGCAACAGCAAGAACAGACAACCUCCACCUAAAUGUAUCAUUUUGUCUUAGUUGUUUCACUAUCUUAAUGCACAUGUAUUCUUUUUGGCCUAGAAAGCAUGGACCCAAGUAUAUUUUUAGGCAAUCAAAACUGAGAUCAAUAAACUACCAAGAUGUAGUCCUGAGAAUAAACCCAGACUUGUGCUGAUCUCUGUGCUUUCGGACAUUACAAUGUGAAUAUUUCUAGGAUCUUGUGCCAUGAAUAUUCUUAUAAUGUCUCUCAAUGAAUUUUGUUUAAAACAAUGUUUUAGUAUGUUCUACACAAAUAUUAGUGGCUUUCAAGAUGUAUAUAAAAAUGUGGGCUAGCAACAUUUAUUUGUUUUUCUAAAGCUGCCACCUCUUACUGUGUUUCACCUGAGCUCAGCUGCCAUUGCGAUUUAUUUACUAGAACUCUAGUAUCAUCCCAUUGGUCGAGAUUUGAAUGUCUAAUGUUAGGGAUUCCUUUGGUUUAUUUUUUGAGUAAGUCUAAUACUUUUAAAAAAUGUUUGACUUGAUUUAAACGGUUAGAGGCCAUAUUUUGCACAAUAAUAAUGUAUUUAUUUAGAGAUAUUUUACAUCGAUAGUAACAAAAAAUAUGUAAAAAGAAAAUCAAUCUAAAUCUACUUUGUGGAUCUUUUAAAAACCUGAAACCUUCGAUGUACACCGUAAACAAAAGAGCAACCUAUUGAUGGUACUCAAAACUCUGUUACUAUUUCUAGUUUGAAUUUGUUGAUCUCUGGGACCUCAUUAAGGAGCACAUGCUACAAAUGUUUGUAUUGUAUGCAAAAAAAAAAUACAAUUCUAUAUAUAUAUAUAUAUUUGUCUUUUUACUUUUAAAGUCUAUUUAUUUGUAUUGAAUUUACCGGGAAUAAAUUUGAAAACAUCAAGAAAUAUCA